CGUGAUCAUCAUCAUCACCAUCACACACUACAUCCUCCAAUAACAUAACGUGAAUUCAUUUGCCCAAUAAAAACAUUCUACACCCAUAUUCUCUCAGUACCGCAAUACCAUCUACAUGAAAUCUCCACCAUUCAUUCAACAUCACGAGCACUCUAAAUUAAUUCAAUACACCAUAAAUCGUACGGCAACACUAGAUUACACAACUGUAAUCACCACCAGAUUAUUACUCCAUCCUCCACCCAUCACCAACAAACAUAAAUGACGCGUCUUUGCCAGCCUGGCUCUUUCAAAAAAUUAUUUAAAAAAUAAAAAAAAAUUAAAUAUCAUCUUCUUUGCUUUUUCACACUGUACAAUCACUCACACAGAAACAAAAUGAUACUGAAAAAAAAUCUGAGCUCUCUGUUCUUGGUAUUUUCAGUUUUACUCAUAAUUUUACCCAAAACGACGCCGUUGGAUCCCCUCCCGUCGUUUAGAGAAGCACCAGCAUUCCGAAACGGGAGAGAAUGUCUCAAAACGACACCACCUCUCAUCCACAUUGCAAUGACGCUCGACUCCUCCACCUACCUCCGCGGCUCCGUCGCCGCCGUAUUCUCCGUCCUCCAACACGCUUCAUGCCCGGAAAACAUCGUCUUCCACUUCAUCGCCACUCACCGGAGAGCCGAGCUCCGCCGUACAAUAACCGUAACGUUCCCCUACUUAACCUUCCAUCUCUACCAUUUCGAUUCCAAUUUAGUAAAAGGAAAAAUAUCCAGCUCAAUACGACGCGCCUUAGAUCAACCGUUGAAUUACGCUAGGUUUUACCUAGCCGAUCUGCUACCCGCGAGUGUACGUAGAAUCAUAUACUUCGACUCUGAUUUAAUCGUAGUUGAUGACGUGGCUAAGCUAUGGAACAUUGAUUUAGGCGCACACGUAUUAGGUGCACCGGAGCACUGUCACGCGAAUUUCACAAACUAUUUUAAUCCAAGAUUCUGGUCAAACGAGGGCUAUGCGGCGUCGUUUAAAGAGAGGAGAGCGUGCUAUUUUAACACGGGGGUGAUGGUGAUAGAUUUGGUGAGGUGGCGGGAAGGGAAAUACAGAGAGAAAUUAGAGUAUUGGAUGAGAGUACAGAAGAAGUUUAGAAUUUACGAGUUAGGUUCUCUGCCGCCGUUUUUACUGGUGUUCGCCGGAAAUGUGAGAGGCGUUGAGCAUAGGUGGAACCAACAUGGACUCGGCGGUGAUAAUGUGAAGGGUUUGUGUAGAGAUUUACAUCCCGGUCCGGCGAGUUUGUUGCAUUGGAGUGGGAAGGGUAAACCAUGGCUGAGAAUUGAUUCGAAGCGGCCGUGCCCAUUGGAUUCGUUGUGGGCUCCUUAUGAUCUUUAUCGCCAUUCUUUACUUUUCUCUGAUAGCUGAAUUUCAUUGGAGAAACUGAAAAUAAUGACUCGGAUUGGGAGCUACAACAGCCGUUGGAUCAUUGAUUGACGGCUGUGAUGUAGUGGGAGGGGGAAUGGGUUGGUUAUUGAAAAGGAGGGAUAAAGGUGAUUGAUGAUGAUUGGCUGCAUGGUGAAAAUUCUUUAGUUUUGGGGUAGAAUUGUAAAAUAAUGAAAUAUGAAGGAGGAAAGUGUAAUUUGUACAAUAAGGCGUUAUAUAUAAAUUGGUCUGAUUGAUUAAAUGUGGGUCACGGGCACUUGUUUUGUAGCUAAUUGAUUUGUAGGUAUUCAGAAUCUCAAAUUGUUUGAUGUUGGAUAAUAGAUUAGUGGAUUUUAAUUUUUGGUGAUGUGUAGAUUUUUGUACAUAUUCUAUAUUUGUUGAGCUAUUA